UGUUAAAGGCAGGGGGCAUGCCAAACUCAGUGGGGUCCUGGUGGGGUUCUUGUAUUUAUCACAUUUGCGGGCAUAUUGCUCGGUCGGUGUGUGGGAAAGACUCAUUUUGUCAUUUCGUGAUUUUCCAUCACGCGUGUCUUUCAAUUCACAAAGGUAUAGUUCAAGGAUGCCUGAUAAGUGCCCCCGUUGCGAAAAGCCUGUGUAUUUUGCUGAGCAGGCCAAAGCCAAUGGCAAGAGUUGGCACAAGCCGUGUCUUACGUGUAAACACUGCAACAAGCGCCUGGAUAGCACAAACCUGACCAACAAGGAUGAUGAGAUUUACUGCAAGUCCUGUUAUGGAAAGGCUUUCGGUCCAAAGGGAUAUGGGUUCGGUGGUGGUGCGGGUACACUCAGCAUGGAUACUGGCAAGCGUGGAGAAAUACCUUGCACUGCGCCUUUGAUACCAAAUCCUUUGACAAUAGGGGGCCCCUGUGUACCGGGGGGUUGCCCGCGAUGCGGGAAAAGGGUCUACGAUCCAGAGAAGCAGGCUAGUUCUGGCCAAGUCUGGCAUGCGAUGUGCUUCAAGUGCAAGGAAUGCAAUCAUCGUCUUGACUCCACCACCGUCAACGACCACGAGAGAGAAAUUUAUUGCAAUAGCUGUUACAAGAAGCUGUUUUGCAUUAAAGGCUUUGGAUUCGGAAUUGGUGCUGGUGCUCUGAACUUUACACAGUAAUGACAAACCCAAGAUGUGAAAAAGGAGCCCAUUUAUAGCUGAGUGUGCAACACAGGGAGCCUAUUGCUAGGAGCGUGCAUGUGUAUAAGAAAAUGGUCAGUCUUAUAAGAUUCAUUCGUACACUCAUAAUACCUACAGUAUAUCAAAGUUGUACGCUCCUAGUGAUGGGCUCACUCAUUAGUACCUUUAGUUUAAAUCCACUCACGUACUAUCACGAAUCUCGCAAUUUUAUUGGCUCCCUUACUCACUAUCUAUUGAGCGGCGACAAAAGCGACUGAGAAUUAUUAAAAUCGUCUUUUAUUUGAAGGUAGUAUGUUAGUGGAUUUAUACUAUUAGACAAUUUGUUCUCGCUUUCUAUGAGCCAAAUAGUCAACUCGGCACUUCGCACCUUGUUGACUAUCUAUUAACUCAUAGAAAUCUCGAACUCGUAGUCUAAUUGUUAACUAUCACAGUCGUAUGCUCCAAGUGAUGGGCUCACUCAUAGUACCUCUAUCACAGUUGCACGCUCCUAGUGAUGGGCUCACUCAUAGUACCUCUAUCACAGUUGCACGCUCUUAGUGAUGGGCUAUCUCAUAGUACCUCUAUCACAGUUGCACGCUCCUAGUGAUGGGCUAACUCAUAGUACCUCUAUCACAGUUGCACGCUUCUAGUGAUGGGCUGACUCAUAGUACCUAUAUCACAGUUGCACGCUCCUAGUGAUGGGCUAACUCAUAGUAUCUAUAUCACAGUUGCACGCUCCUAGUGAUGGGCUAACUCAUAGUACCUAUAUCACAGUUGUGCACUUCUAAUAGUGAUGGGCUAACUCAUAGUACCUAUAUCACAUGUGCACUUCUAAUAGUGACGCGCUCACUCAUCACAGUUGUGCACUUCUAAUAGUGAUGCGCUCACUUAUAGUACCUAUAUCACAGUUGUAUCUCUAAUGGAUUCUAGUGGACAAUAGGAAUAAAACCCAAGCUUAAUGGCGGAUUUAACCCCAUGUUGAGAAUCCCUUUUUGCACGCAUUUGAUUUAGAGGCUAACUUCAAUAAAGCAGGUUGAAAUCCU